AUGGCUCGGGGGAAACGCAGACGAGCCAAGGGCGAUCUCGAAGAGCCGUCGAAAGGGGAACGAAGCAUGACGAAAGCUGCGGUGACGGGUUCGAAUCGGCUGGGGGAGGACAUGUCGCAGGGGAACGACGAGGCAGAGACGAGUGGUGCCACAUAUAGCCGAGUGGAGAUCAAUUCGGAGCAAGGCGCGUCGUGUUGCACUACAGAUGAAGCGACAAUGAGACGGCUAGGAACGACGUCGAGGGUCGCGGGAGAGGCUCUAUUAACAACAGUUGCCGCGGCUGCCACUACUGCUGCUGCUACUUCUGCUGCUGCCACAUCAGCUGUCUGCUCUCACCAAGCGCAGCUUUCUAACUGUGCGACUUUCGUGCGCCACGCACUCGCGAAACGUCCGGACCAAAAUUUCGCAGCAGCACGGCUCACGCCUGUCUGA